UAUUUAAAGCUCGAAAUCUGUAAUGCUGCGAGCAGCCUGUGAACUAAACUCACGUUAGCGCAUACUUGGCAUGAAUAUUCGGCUAAACUGCUUUGAGACAAGGGUGGUUGUGGACACACUCUGGCCAGCUACCACCAUAUACAGCUUGGGCGCUUUCCUUCAUAACUUCUACAGACAACACAGUCCAACGUCGCAAAUAUGGUACGUAUAUCCAGCUGUAAUUCCGCUCAGAAUGCCUCUACUUACCUGUACAGGUUGUCCUAGCUGCUUCCAUCUGUACCCGCGGGGGUAAAGCCAUCAUUUCCAGACAGUUUCGAGAGAUGCAACGAUCCCGAAUUGAAGCCUUACUGGCAUCCUUCCCUAAGCUGGCAGAUACUGGAACCCAGCAUACGACCGUAGAACAAGAUAAUGUGCGGUUUGUCUACCAACCGCUCGACGAACUCUAUAUGGUACUUAUUACCAAUCGCCAAUCCAACAUCCUUCAAGAUAUCGAUUCACUCCACCUAUUCGCACAAGUCGUCAGUAGCACAUGCAAAACACUGGAUGAGAGAGAGAUAUUGAAGAAUGCCUACGAAUUGCUGAGCGCUUUUGAUGAGCUGGUUACCCAGGGGUAUCGGGAGAACCUUACCAUCAGCCAGAUCAAAACAUUUUUGGAAAUGGAGAGUCAUGAGGAGCGCAUACAGGAGAUCAUCUCAAGGAACAAGGAAUUGGAGGCCACCGAGGAACGGAAAAGAAAAGCAAAGCAACUUGAGAUGCAGCGCAAGGAGGUCUCACGGAGCGGCAGAAAUGCUGUUCCCCGAGCGCCUGUUUAUCCCACAUAUACACCACCUGCCCGUUCUGCUGUAACCGAGACCUACGAUUCAUACGAGGCGGAGAAGAACAAAUCCUUCAAGUCCGCUCCAAAAGGCAAGGGAAUGCAAUUGGGUAAGAAAUCAAAGACCACGGAUAUGUUUGAACGCGUGAGAGGCGAAAUGGGUGCGGAAGUCGAGGAAUUGGCCUCGAGCCCAUUAGUCCCCAAUAACCCUGUAAACGUUGAGCAGACACCAGCUCCUGCCUCUCGUAUCUCGUCCUCCUUGGAUCGGGAUGCAAUUCAUGUCACUAUCGCAGAAACAAUAUCUGCCAAGUUGUCGAGAGAAGGCGCUUUGAACUCGAUAGAGAUCAAGGGAGACUUGCAGUUGAAGAUCUCCGAUCCAACCCUGACCAAAGUCAAGCUGGAUCUGGUCGCCAAUGCGAGCCACGGUGUCCAGUUCCGGCCGCAUCCUAAUGUCGAUAAGGCUCUCUUCAACACUUCCAAGGCUUUGCAGAUGAGUAAUACAGCAAAGGGAUUCCCCGUCAACAUCUCCGUUGGUGUGCUUCGAUGGAGAGCUGUACCAAAGGCUGAUGAUUCAAGCGCUCUCCCUAUCUCGUUCACAGUCUGGGUCAACAAGGGAUCCGAUGACACUUACAACAUUACUGUGGAAUACGAGCUCACUGGAGGUGAUUCAUUGAAGGAUGUCACAGUCAUAAUUCCUUAUGCCACCAGUGAACCGGCUGUCUCCAGCUUCGACGCACAGUACGAGGUUUCCGGGGAUAGCUUGGAGUGGACGAUUGGUCUAGUUGACGACGACAAUGCUACUGGCUCUUUUGAAUUCGAGGCACAAGCAGGCGAUGAGAACGAGUUCUUCCCGAUGCAGAUCAAGUUUGGAAAGACAAAGCCAUUCAUUGAUGUUGACGUUACAAAUGUGACGCUGUUGGAGAUGGAUGAAGCCGUUACAUUCUCGAAGGAGAUCAAAUCUGUAGCUGACUCUUAUGUAAUUGAGUAAUGGGCGUGGGACGGAAGCAAAAUCAACUUGGGGCUGGACAUGGCGCAAGUCAGGUAGUGUCAUGGCCUAGAUCGAUCAGGUACUUGCAAUAGAGAAAUGAAUAAAAUUAAAAAGAAUUAUACACUUUCAAGGACUUCCACAUGCCGUUGUCGAAAACACCUGCAGUGCUCGUACUUUGAUGUU